GGGCAGACCCUUCCCGGGGAGGGUAGAAAAGGGACGAGUCCUGCAGGCGCAAGCUCAGUUUUACUCUCCCAGUCUCCAGAAGUCCGGUCGGGAAAGGCGAGGAACCCGCGGGCAGGAGCCGAGCCGACCCGGGACGCUCUACAAUGGGGCUGCUGCUUCGCCUUCUGCGCCCGGGGCUGGGCUCGUGUGUUCCUCGAUUAUUGGCAAAUAGACUUGGGACGCUUUCAACAGUUAAAGUAACAAGCCAUUCGAAUGAUGCUCAGCCAGAACCUACAAAGCCUAUUGGUCGUUAUCCUAUUCCUUAUAAAAAGGAACUACCUUUUGAUAUAGUGGAGCUUAUGGAAGAGGUGGAAAAAAAGACUGGAUUUCUACCCAAUGUCUUUAAGGCAUUAGCACAUCGACCAGAGGAAUUCAGAGCAUUUUUUGCUUACUACAAUGCCAUUGUCAACAAAGAAACAGGACAUCUCAGCAAGGCUGAUAAAGAACUCAUCAUUGUAGCUACAAGUGCUACUAAUAGGUGCCCCUACUGUGUAAUUGCCCAUAGUGCUCUACACAGAAUAUAUUCCAAAAAUGCUAUUCUGGCUGAUCAGGUCAUUGUUAAUUGGAGAAAGGCUGACUUAUCACCUCGAGAGUUGGCGAUGCUAGAAUUUGCUCUUGCUGUUAGUCGUGCUGAAGACAUAACAGAAGAACAUUUUAAAAAGCUGGAAUUGCAGGGUUUUGAUCGAGAAGAUGCCUGGGACAUAGCUUCUAUUUCUGCUUUCUUUGGCAUGUCUAACCGUAUUUCUCAUUUAAUUGACCUGAUGCCCAACAAAGAAUUUUAUUCACUGGGUAGAAAAAAUGAUCAAGAUAUGUAAGAGCAUAUCCACCGCAGAGGCACAAUAAAAUGUAUAUUUAUUCGUGCCAGUUAUGGAAUACCUAUUAGUAAGUUUUCCCUUAAUAUUUAGUUUAUACACACAAUGGGAAAUAAAGUAAUUUACUGUUCUACCUGGUAAUACAGCUUUUGCUAAGUUCAUUACACUUAAUGGUAAUAGUUGAAACUUGAUGAAAUUUAGUGCUUCUUGUAAGCAUUGAUAAUUCAGAAGGCUUUGUACCCAUACAGGAGGCUAUCUUCAGUGUUUUUAUUAUGAAAAAGUUACCUUUGUUUCUAACUACCCCUCCCACUUUUCCCCUUUCUAUAACAUUCGCUUAUUAAAAAAUAACAGUCCAGCAACCAAUACAUUGACUGAGUCUGACAGUAAA